GCGACGCGUCCGGUCGCUUUGUAGCAAUAGGAUGAAUCAUAAAUCGCUCUCUUUAGGACGCGUAAAGCCCGGUUAUGGUUUGUAAAAUAUAUUUAUGUACUUAUAUAGGGUUCAUUGAAGUGUUUGGGAUACAACAACAUUGUGCUGUCUUGAACUUUACACAUCCUCAUGUUAACGCGCACUAUCUUUUCUAGACUAUAUCUGCGGUAUGUUUCAUUGCAGAAGAGAGUACUAGUAGGUGAUCGUGGUUUAGUCAGACAUUUUUGCAGCAGGAUGGACCGCGCAGUUGUGCGCUGUGUGCCUUCAGAGCCCAAGCUGACCAUUUCAUUCACUGUGGCUGGCAGCUCCAGGCACAUGCUGAGAGAGCAAACAGAGGAGCUGGGUAAAGUGUUAGCCCGGAUAUCUAACAGUGUCAUCAAGGCGCUGAGUAAAGGGAAGAAGUCGAAGAAGAGCAAAACCGAGAACACGAGCUCGGAUGUGGUUGAACCGGUGGUGCGGCUUUACUUUAACGGCGACUUGGUGCCUGAAGACGCGCUGAACCGUGACGCGUGGCAGGACGGCGCCGUUCUGCAGGUCGGAGACGCAAAAUACAAAGUUGAACGCAAUCCUCCGACUUUCAUCACCGCACAGCUUCCUGCAUCAGUCCUUGCCGGAUUUCCGGUCUGCCCCAAACUGGAGAUUGAAUUCGGGGACAUGAGGUGGUGUGUGUUUAAGUGGUACAAGGAAAGCUCUCCAAAUGCGCACACACGAGGAGAAGAGGACUCCUGGGUGGAAGCAGGAAGCGACCGGGUCUUUACACCAUCCAAUAUGGACGUAGGGUUGAGACUGAAGCUGAAAUGCAUGCCGGGAAACGAGUCCAGGCUCGGCCUUGCGGUGGAGCUGGUAACCUCAAGCUCAGUGGAGGCUGGUCCAGGGGUUUGCACGUUUGACAACAGACACUUGUACAGCCGCAAGGUCACGAAUGACUCCACAAUCAGGGUUGUGACCUACAACAUCUUGGCAGACAUCUACAGUCAAACCGAGCUCUCGAAAACAGUCCUGUACCCUUACUGCGCUCCAUAUGCGCUCGAACUCGACUACAGGCAAAACCUCAUCAAGAAGGAGCUUUCGGGCUAUAAUGCAGACAUCAUCUGUCUCCAGGAGGUGGAUAAAGGAGUUUUUAGUGAUAGCCUGGCACCUGCACUGGAUGCCUUUGGCAUGGACGGGGUGUUCAAAGUGAAAGAAAAGCAGCACGAAGGACUGGCCACGUUUUAUAGGAGAUCGAAGUUCAAGUUGCUCUCCAGACAUGAUAUCAUGCUGAGCGAAGCCUUAGAAAUGGACGCGCUUCAUAGCGUACUCAUGGAGAAACUGUCCACCAACCCAGUGCUGAAAGAGAAGGUGGUACAGAGAAGUACGACGCUGCAGGUAACUGUUUUCCAGUCCAUAAGUGAUCCGUCAAAGAUAGUGUGUGUUGGAAACACACAUCUCUACUGGCACCCUAAAGGAGCAAAUGUUCGACUAAUACAGAUGGCUGUGGCCCUGAAGCACCUGAAAAAGGUCAUCACGGAAGAACACGCGGGCACGCUGAUAUUCUGCGGCGACUUCAACAGCGCACCAUCAUCAGGACUCUUCCAGCUGCUUAGUCAGGGUUCAGUAUCAGAGCAGCACAGUGACUGGGCAUCUAAUGGUUCUGAGGAGCUUCUUCAAAUGGAGCUUCACUGCCCCUUUCAGUUGACUAGUGCGUGUGGCGUACCAGACUACACCAACUAUGUAGGAGGCUUUAAAGGUUGUCUGGACUAUAUUUUCAUGGAGCCACAGGCUCUGGAGGUAGAGCAGGUGAUUCCUCUGCCCAGUCACCAGGAGGUCACUACAUACCAGGCCCUUCCCAGCGUCUCUCACCCAUCUGACCAUAUCGCUUUAGUCUGUGACCUCAAAUGGAAAUAAGCAACCUCAGCUUUCAUUUUGCAAGCGAACGUCUACAGGCUUUAAAUCUACAGGAUCACAGUUCCUUCUUUAAAUUUCUGAUGUUACCACAAUACAAGAUGACCUGCUGUUUAUCUAGCAAUUUGUUUUGAAUAUGAAAAGUCCAUAAAUAUCCUGAGUGCAGUAUGAAAAAUUCCAGCUUGAUGUAAUUUACUUGGAGUACACAGCCUUAAAACAAGGUUUAUUUAAGUCACAAUCAUUUUAUUUCAGUCUUUAAUAGGAAUUAUUAAUGAGCCAUGGGGGGGAGGGCUGAUAUGAUAGCAGAUGACAGCUCAAACUGUUAACGGGAAUAUCAAAGCACUUCUUUGAAGGUGCGUGAGAUUUUUUUUUAUAUAUAAAUCACACGCACAUCUUGAUACCUCAUUUGGUCAUUUUUCAAUUUAGGUGAAGAUUAUAUGAAAAGUCUCAAAGCAGGAAACGAGCAUUUUUAAGGCAAGUGUAAAUGCAGUUAAAUGCUGGUUAUAUAGCAAGAUGGUCCACUCAGGCAUCAUAGUUAGUAGGAUGUAUUAAGGCCAAAUAAAUCAGGUAUUCAACUCAAAAUUUAUCUUUCAUACAAAAACAAAUCUCCCUCACGCACCCACCCACCACAGGAGUACAUCAUAAUCUGUUUCUCAAUUAUACAUAUGGGUGUUACUGUAAUUUGAUCUAAAGUCAUUUAUUUAUUGAAGGAAGCUGUUAAGAUUAACAUGCAUGCAAAAUUUAGAUACAUACAAAUGGAAUGAGAGCAAAAACGUUUGUAUAAAUAUAAAUAUGUUCCCAUGUUUGACAAAAUACAAGCCUUUGGACAGGUUCUCAUUCCCAUCACAGGAUGCGUUGACCUUCAGAUUCUUGUGUAUUUCAAAUCAAACUAAAACAGGCAUACAGUUACACACACCUUACUGAAAAUAACUUAUUCAGUCAACCCAAUUCGGGGGGGGGG